UGCAUACGCGCCGUGGCGGAGAGCGAAGAUGGCGGAGAGUAAUGUCGAACCAGAGCACGAAUGGAGCGACCGGGCCCUGGACACGGCCGACGACACUCUGGUUGCAAUGGAAACUCUGCUGGCCACACUGAGAGCCUUUGAAGACGUGCUCAGGCAACAGGAGAUAUCCGUGGCGUCUUCCACGGAGUACUGCGACAACUUCUGUCAGGCACUGAUGCACUAUGCUGGGAGCAGGAACUCCAUGGAGCAUGGUCUGCCUCUUCUGGAGGUCUACUGUCUGUCCAUAAACUGUUUCGCUGCGGCCCGAUCUCACCUCACCGCAGAGUCGGACAGAGUGGCCCUCGUUUUGAAGAGACUAGCUUUGAGCUGUUUUGAACUGCUGCUGUCAGUGCCUGAGAAUGAAAUCCCGUAUGAAGCCUGGGUUCAGUUCCACCACUCUGUUCAGAUUGCCCAUGAUACCUUGCUACAGUAUGGAAGCACAGACCUCCAAGCUUUACUCCAGAUCACAGGAGAGGGAGGAGCGUGGAGCAACCCUGUCCUUACAUCUCUCCUCACCGGCCAGCCCACCAACCUCGAAGAAGUGGAUGCAUACAUCAGCUUGGAGGGCGAGGGCUUCAUGGAGAUGCGGGUGAAGCACCUGGAGAAGAUGGGUGAAGUGGCCAAGGCAGUGGUGCUGGCCAAAGCGUGCACCGAAUGCAGCGUCAUCUCCAACCAAGCUACGUUUCGUCAAACAUUUGUCUCCUUGCUUUGUCACCUGCUGCCCAAUGAAGAGGCCAUCAUGGAGAUAUCCAGACUUGACUGUAAGGAUGUGCUGGAGAUCACGUGUACUUUGGAGACGGAGGGGGAGGAGAACACCGCCUUCAUCUUGUGCACAACCUUCCUGACACAGCAGCUCCAGCAGCAGAGCCUUUACUGCUCCUGGGAGUUGACUCUGUUGUGGAGUAAGCUUCAGAAGAGGAUCGACCCCUCAUCGAUGUCUCUCCUGGAACGAUGCCUUCAGCUAGGUGCCAUUGCCAAAACCGUCCACCAUUUGCUUUGCUUGGUCCGCAUCAUUCAGACAGAGACGGAGGCAAUGGGGGUACCUGCAUCAGUAGAACUUUGUGUCAAAGCCCUUCAACUUCCAAAGCAGGAUGACUCAGAAUCCAGGAUCUCCGUCUGUAAGACGGUGUCCUGCCUACUUCCAGUGGACCUUGAAGUAUUGCGUGCCUGCCUGCUCACAGAGUUCCUGCUCGGCCCCAGCCAGGACGUCUUCGGGUCUCUUCGGGAGCUUUACUUACGCCCCGACCAAAAGUACGACCAGGAAAGCGAGGUCAUUCCCAACUCGCUACGCUGCGAGCUGCUACUCGCUCUGAAAGCAUACUGGCCUUUUGACCCGGAAUUCUGGGACUGGAAAACUCUCAAGUGUCACUGCAUCUCCCUUCUGGGGGUGAUGCCGGAGUCCGAGGGGGAAGAAGAAGAAGAAGAGGUGGUAGACCAAAAAGAGAAGGUUAGACAACAUGAGCCACGGGGAGUCACAGUGAAAGUAGAAUCUGAGCAUGAAAUGAAGAUAAAUGGAAGUGUUGACGGUCAUGAGCAGCUUGAUAAUAAGCAAUCUUCUGACUCGGCAGAAAUCCCCGGCCAAUCAGAGACAAAGAAACACAGGUUCUGCUGUCAGAUUUGUAAGAGGUCGGUCACUGACGCCCAAAUCAUUCGCCACUCCAAAAGACACGCAGAGGACAACAGCCACCCCUGCCCGCUGUGUUUGGAAAAGUUCAGGCACAGAAAGGAUCUCGUUCCUCAUCUGAGAGACCAUGUGCAGAGUGAAACGCACCGUAACCAAAACAACAUAAAGAAAGAGGACGGGCAGAGGCGGCCGGACGAGGACGAUGAUAUAGAACCAGGUGAGAUCACCAUUGACCCUUCCUUAAUGCAGUAUUACAAAUCCACACAUGAUCCAGAAGUGCUGCAACACAUCGUGCAACAAGCCAAAACGGUGAAGGAGAAGAACGUGGACAAUGACGAGCAUGUGACAUUCGAAUACAUCGACCAACACUUCAGUGUGCAGAACCGGGACGAGUACCCGUGUCCAGGAACCGGGUGCACUCGGACUUUUAAACAUUCCAAGUACCUGUAUGUCCAUUUAAAGUCGGAGCACAACGGCGACGACAAUGUGAAAUAUUUUCAUCAGGUGAGGGACCAGCGGGAGAAGUGUGUUUUUUGUCGACGCCAUUUUCUCUCCGCAUACCAUCACCGCAAACAUCGAAGAGUUCACUACGGCGAUCGGCCUUACACAUGUGCGGUUAUGAGCUGCGGCGCUCAGUUUAGGACUUCCAAUGAACUUGUCACACACAAACAGGUCCACGGCUACCACCUGAACUACCAGUGUGGCCUCAAAGACUGUUACGUCACGUGCUCCGACCUGGGACAGAUUUAUCACCACGAAGCGCAACAUUUCAGAGACGCAGCGUUUACCUGCUCUAGCGCCGAAUGUAGUAAAUACUAUUUAUCCAAAAAAGAAUUCGUGACGCAUUUAUCCACGCACAACAUCACCUUCUCCGAAGAAGACUUUGAGGCUCAGAGGAAGGCGAAGCGGAAAUUUCACAAGAUGGUUACUGAAGCAACAAUCCGCCCUAAUAAGUCCGUCGAUGCAGAAGAGACUGAGAAUGGAGAAGACCAAAGUGCUUCUGCAGAAAGUUGUGCCUCAUCUUUGCAAGCACCUGACAGCAAGGAGCCCAAAGCCACGAUGACCUUAGUUGCGGUGUGUUUUGAUGGAAGUAAGUUCACCUGUGGUUUUGAGAAGUGUGGCAUGACUUUCUCCAGAGCCAGAGAUGUCCAGAGACAUCUUAAAUGUGCCCACCCAGAACACCUUAAACUGGAGAACAGGGAGCACAAGCACGACAAAGAGCGGGGCUCCAAGUCCAGAGGGAUAAAGACUGAGACUGAGCCGGACAGUAAGGAGAAGGGAAAAGAGGAGUUAGAACCCAUGGAGGCUGCCAAAGAAAGCAAAGACGCCACUCAUCCCGACAAUAAUGGAACAAACUCUUUAGGCCUUCAAACUGAAAACGAUGCUCUGAGUGAGAUCCUUGUUGGGCUCGGUAAACUGGACCUGAAUUCUUCGCCGCCUCACAGUGUGAAAAGCGAGCAGUCCAACCCAGAGUCCACCGCAUCCCAAAUAUCUCUUCAUCAGGCCAUCAUGGCAAAGCCUCCGGUUGUGUUGAUUCAGAAGAAGCCCCCUCCUGAGGAGACGGUCAAAGUCAAAACUGAACAAGCGACAUCGGAUGAUGAAGAAGACGGCGUUGAAUCAAUGCCCGCAUUUAAGCCUUAUGUCUGUGAAGAUUGCGGCUUCAGGACGGCUCAGAGUUACAGCUUGCAGCGACACUAUAACACCCAACAUGGCCGCAGUGUAGAGGAGGCCAGAACGAUGACUUCUUUGAAAACGACGUCUUUUAAGCCUUACGUGUGCCACCUUUGUUCCAAGGGUCACAGAGAAAAACAUGUGUUGAGGGCUCACUAUAUUCAGAUGCAUAAACUGAGUGUGACUUUGGUGAACAAAAUCAGCUGUGCAUCUAAAAAACAUACAUCUCAGCACCUGGCGAACCACGGUCUGAAAGUAUGGAAGAAAGAGAUCCCCAAGUUGCAACGCCAACCAGAGAAAAAAAACUCAACCGCAAAUGGACAAAACCUUGACAAUCAUUCUCCGUCUGAGGAGGAAGGAGAGGACGAAGCAGAAGGGAAAGAGGACACCGAGCAGAAGGGAGAGAGUGAGGAUACGAGCACACAACAGGGAGGCCUGGUACGCCACCUACAGCUGAUCCAUCAUUACAAUCGCUCUCAGCUCUUGUUGGAAAAGGACUUUGAUGCGCACCCCGGUCCAGAAGUCCGAAAAGAGCCCGCCAAGAAGAGGCCUCUCCCGAACUCCGAUGAACCUCAGCCGCAGUACAAGUGUCACUUUGCCAACUGCAACGCUUCCUACCACCUGAAAAGCAGCCUAGUGCGUCACACUCGGGAGACACACUCACCCCCACCGGAGCUAAUAAGGUGCAACUUUGAAGGAUGUACAAGCGUGUUCAGCCACAAUGAAGCACUUAAGAAACAUACACUUUAUAGUCACUGCGAGUACUACGAUUCACUGGUGGUACGUCUGCAGAGCACUCACAAAAAGUCAAUAACUGGAUGCCAAAAGAAGCUCAUCGUCGCACCACAGAGUCCUCCGAAAGAAGAACCCGGUUCAGCCGCCAUGCAGGCAGAGGGAUCGAGUCCAACGCCUGAAGUGACCCCCCAGUCAGAGGAAAUGGGCGAGGAGGCGGUGGCUGUGGAGGAGAACGGUGAGGUCUCAGGAGCAAAAAAGGGAGAGAGAAGAAGUAGUCACAUCCGUUAUGUCUUCAGGUCUCAUGAAGAAGCACUGCAGAUGUGCCAAGAUCGCUGCAUGCGUGUGGCCUACCCGUGCAUGGUUCAGGACUGCGAUUCUGUCGUCACGUACUUGAAGAGCUUGGAGCGUCACUACCUGAGCGUUCACCGCAUGCGGAGGGAAUAUCUUUCUAGGAACGGAGAUGAGCUGGUUUUUAACGCCGAGCAGCUGGAGGAAUUGAUUCAGAGGAAGUCGGCCAGACCAACGGUCACGGCAGCGUGUUCCCCCAAUGGAGUUCGCAAGAUGGAGUAUCAGGCGGAGCCAGAAAACACAGGGGGGCUGCCCGCACCCGUGAGCUUACACUCCAUCAAGGCAGACCCACAGGAGGAGGCCAAUCACGAUCCACUGGGGUUCCCAGAGGAGGAAGAGGAGGAGCCACCACUCGUUGAGAGAAACGGAGUCCUUGUUGGUGCGGAUGAGGUGCUCUACGGGGAGCCGAGCACCGGUGGGCACCCUGAAGACACGGCUGCAGCGCCGCAGAACAGUCAGAAAGCGGAGGAGAGAUUAAGCCUGGAUAAAAUCAAACCUCUUCUUCGUCCCCUCACCGUUGACCUCUCUCCACCGUGCUCACUGCGCUUCACUGCCGAGGAGGGCUUCCAGGACGUGUCGAGCACCAAGGACGGCGGUAAAAUGUUGAACGGUCCGCCUCCGUUGCCCCCACCUCCUGUUCGCCAGCCGUUAAAACGGAAAAACGAAUUGUCCGAACCGCCUGCGAACUUGAAAGAUACUCAUUCUCGUAGCCCUUCUCCGAGCCCUUUCGACACCGCCGCCUACAAGCCGACUGGCUUCGAGUCCUCGUUCCUGAGGUUCAUACAAGAGACGACCCCGAAAGACAAAAACGCCAUGUCGGGGAAACGGCGAGACUCUUCCAGACGCGGUUGUUCCGUUAAGGAGAACAACCAGCUGGGAAUCUCUCACACCCGCAGCAGGCGCACUCAUUCCCCACUGCUGAAGCCCCACGCUAUGACGGGAGACUUCACAUCAAUCCUAAACUUGAAGUCCAUCUUGGACAAAGCCCUGGCUGGGUGUGGGGACCUGGCUAUUAAGCAGCUUCAGUACCUCAGACCUGUGGUGGUCCUGGGGAGGCCGGUGUGCAGCACCACCCUGCCUGACGUCUUCCCAUCAGACACCAACAGCAGCAAACUGCUUCUUGGAAGUUAGUUUAACUGAGCACCUUUUUAACAUAGCUAUGUCAAAUGACUUUGUAUUUUCACAAUCUGUACCAGUAUUUUUCUUUCUCCCAAAAUAUUAGUAUUGGCUGUUUUUUUUUUUUUUUUGUUUUGUUUUUUUUUUGUUGCCAAACUGAAUAAUUAUAGAAAUGUUAUUAGCAUUGAGAUACAAACAAGCUUAAACAGUGCACAUUGAAUCCAAGUGGAUUGUUUUUUUAGACGUCUGUUAAAUGAGAGCGUUCAGAUAACACCUGUUAUGUCCACUCAUUAUGAUCACAAGUGUAUAUACUGUAGUUACCCAAGACAAUGUACAGAUUUUCAGAUCGUUAGAAAUGGUCAGUAGCGUAUUGCAAGGCCUUCUCAGUUGUGUAAAAAUGUGACUUAAAAAAAAAAAAUCAUAUCCUUACUAAAGAAAUGGUGAGGAAUAUGUUUGGUUGUUUUCCACUUCAGUUUAUAUGAAAUGAGUCUUGGGAUGCAGUGGACAGAUGUUGACAUGUAUCUAUAACUUUCUAAAUAAAUAAAUGUGGAAAUGAAUAUAAA